UUCGGAUCGUUAUUGUCAUUAGUGCGGCUAUAGCUACUCGUCUCCGUUGCCGUCUCCUCAGUUCUAUUUUCAUGUGUCGUUGGUGGUGUGUUCGGGCAAAGAGAAUCGUUUCUCUGUUUUGUUUUUGAUAUUUGACCAUUUUCAUUUGUAUGCUGCGAGUUGGUGGCGAUAGUUUGGAUCGCUAUUUGGUAUUACGCAAACAUUGGAAAAAAGUGGUAUAUUUGUUAAGAUUUAGAGACAAAGAAAAUAUUAGGAAAUCCGAAAGCGAAGUGCGCGAUGACAAAUUCGUCCAAAUGUGCCGUAUGUGGGGUGUCGGCUUCGCUGAAGUGUAUGGCCUGCAAACAGGUGUUUUAUUGUGGCAAAGAGCACCAAAAGAUUCAUUGGAAGAAAGGUCACAAGGCGGAAUGUAAAUGUUACGAGAUUGCCAGAAACGAUGUGCUGGGUAGACAUCUAAGAGCAUCACGAGAUAUCAAAUGUGGAGAAAUCAUUCUGCGGGAGUCUCCAUUGAUAUACGGACCUAAAGUUGCUAGUGCCCCCCUGUGUCUUGGAUGCCAUCGUACUCUUUCGACACCAGUAGGAGGCAGUAAUUUUUACAAAUGCCGCAAGUGUUCUUGGCCCUUGUGUGGACCUGAUUGUGAGCACUCUCAGCAUCAUCUGCACGAAUGUCAGUUGAUGGCAUCUCGAAACUUCCGCGCUAAAAUUGACUAUAGUGGACAGGUGGGAAAAAAGGAAUCGGCCUACUGCGUCAUCCUUCCUCUCCGAUGCCUACUUAUGAAGGCUAGCCAGCCGGCAGAUUUUGAAAGAUUUUCAGAACUGGAGGAUCAUUUAAAUGAACGCAAAGACACGCCCCUGUACAACGUGUUGCGCGCCAAUUUGGUGACUUUUGUAAAGACCAUUUUGGGCAUGCACGAAAGUGAGGAAGAAGUUUUACGUGUUGCCGCCAUAUUAGAUACGAAUGCUUUUGAGAUCAGGCAGAACAAUUUAGGCCGCAAAGUUAGAGCCAUAUACCCUUCAGCGUCAAUGUUUUCACAUGACUGCAUUUCGAAUUCGCGUCACACAUUUGACGAUAACAUGCAAAUCGUUUUUAUCGCCAAGACACCCAUAGCCAAGGGUGACAUUAUUUCAACCUCCUACACCCAGCCUCUGUGGUCCACCAUAAUGAGGCGCAGUCAUCUGCUGCAGGCCAAAUGCUUUGAGUGCACCUGCCGCAGAUGUUUAGAUCCCACAGAGCUAAACACUUUUACAGGAGCCAUUACUUGCAGCCGGUGUAAAGUUGGAAAGAUAAUAUCGACAAAUCCAAUGGACAAUAGUGCUAUUUGGAAGUGUCAAUUGUGUCCCCAUAAGCUGUCCGCUAAGCAAAUCAAUCUCGGCAAUCAAGCCAUUCAGAACGAGAUCGAUUCGUUAGACAAAACAUCAGCGAAAGCCUUCGAAGAGUUCCUCUUCCGUUAUCGAGAUACGCUGCACGAGAAGAAUACUCACAUAUUACAGGUUAAGUAUGCCUUGACACAGCUAUAUGACUUCUCCAUGAUUGAACAUAAUGAUGCUGCUUUGAAACGCAAACUAGAACUUUGCCAAGAGCUGUUGGAAAUAGCAGAGCUCUUAGAUGGAGGCUGGAGUAUAUUCCGCGGCAAUUUAAUUCUAGAUCUACAAGAGGCUAUGGUCGUCCAAGCAAAACGGGAGUUCCUAAAUGGCUUGUUGACCCGCGAAGCGACACAGGAAAAACUAUUGGAGUCCAUGAACCUGUUGAAGGAAGCAUUGGAAAUAAUGAAGUUGGAACCCGAUAUGAAGCAAAUGCUAAACGAACGCACUCAACUUCUGGCUAAAGAAUUGGAGAUGGAAGACAGUUAGAGCGUGUAAACCGGUUUUAGGCAACUUUGCCUCUGUUCAUAUAAAAUGUUCUUGAUUACUUCUAAAAAUAUAUUUACAUAGCAGCUGUAUGAAAAGUAAUAAAAUAAAACAAUAGGCAUGAAGAAGCCAUGCUACGUCCAUAACCAUGGAUCUUAAAA